AUGAAUUAUGAGGAGUUCCCUACAGAGAAUGGGACUGUUCCCCAAACUGCCAUGCGGAAAAUCUCACCCAUGAGUUUCAUGGCUCAUAAACUAAGAGAAUUAAAACGACCCAGUCGACUCCGUAGUCGUAUCUUCUUCUCUCUAAUAUUCAUGUCUUCUGUGAUUCUCAUUGUUCUUGGUAAAUGGCACGCAUAUAAAAUUCAACACUCGGCAUCACAAUUUGGCUCCUACGUUCCUGAAAAAUUAGCGGGAGCUUUCGCACCAUACACAAUCAUCGAAAGCUCUGAAUGGGACGACACUAUCCCAUUCCCUAACAAUGAAACCAACACCAAUACAGAUACAAUCCCAAAAUUUCAUCUUGUAAUUCCCGCCCGCAAGAAGUCGCUCAAUAUCUGCAAAACUCUCCUCACCGCAUCUAUCCUAAAUUACCCACCUCCAACCCUCCUAGGCUUCAAAUUGAAAUCAGAUGAAACUGAAGAGAAAGAGAAAGAAACAACCACGUUACAAGAAAUACAAGAUACGCUUGAUUUUCUCAAUGGGAAAGAUAUGCAUGAUGAUGAUUUAGUGCUACUUUUGAAUGCGAAUACGUGGCUGCAACUUCCGGGCGAAAUUAUCAUUGGGAGGUUUUUGCGAAAUAGGAGGGAAGUGAAUGAGAAGUUACGUGAAGAAUAUGGAGUUGAGAAGACUACUGAAGCGGGUACUGGAACGUUAGGGAAAGUGGGAUCGCAGAAAUAUACACAGAAAGUACUUUUUGCCGAGAGAAAAGAUUGUGUUGUGAUGGAUAGGGGUGAGCGAGGAGAUGCAGAAGAGGGGGAGGGGAAAUCUUGUUAUGGGGAUGUGAUUCCCCAAUUUCCUUUAUUGAAGAAUAAAGAAGGAAAGAUAGAUCAAUAUAGGGAGUACCCUCGCUUUAUCGAAAGCUCAUUGGCGAUGGGAAAAGUGCGGGAUAUGAAGAUACUUUGGAGUCGAGCGUGGGAAAUUGCGCAAGAGCGGGAUGGAGAUGGGAAAGGAAAAGGAAAAGAAAGAAAGGGAUGUUCCAUGCAGGAGAUUAUGACGCAGAUUUUUGGCGAACAGGAAGGGGGGAGAGUAGAGAGACGGAGGGCGGAGGAUUGGAGAUGGAAGGGGUGGUUGGAGGGGGUUUUGGGGGUUUUUAUUUCUGGGGAGGGGAGGGGGCGGGGAGGUAGAGAGAGGAAUGGGAAGGGGAAUGGGAAUGGGAACCAGACGUUGGGGGUAGGUGGGAAUAGCGAGAGGGGUGAUGGGGAGUUUGGAAUCGGAGUAGAUUAUACAUCGGGGAUUUUCACACGGAAGCAGAUGGUGAGUAGAAGAGGAGUUAUCAAGGAGCCAGUGAGAGAUAUCACGAUAUUAUCUGCGGAAUUGGAAAAUAUUCCUGGACCGCUGGAUGGAUGCGGAGUCCCGGAUGUGGAUAAAGACGCAGGGAAAGAAAAAGAUAUCGGUCAAUCGGUCAAUGAUCUCAGAGCGGCGAGAGAGAAAAAUGUUUCGUGGAAUUCGGUACCAUUUCUUACAUUUAGUGAUGGUGAUGGUGGUUCCUGGGGGUUGAAUUUAAAUUUAAAUCCUCGGAUUCCGGUGUCUUUUUCUUUUGGGUUGGGUUUAGAUUUUGGUCUUGAUUUUGGUUCUGGUCUGAGCGGCAAGGAUAAAGACGCAAAGAAGGAGAAGGAGAAGGAGAAGGAGAAGGAGAAGGAGAAGGAGAAGGAGAAGGAGAAGGAGAAGGAGAAAAAUAGAAAAGAAGAAUCCUCACAAAAACAAAUAUGGGGAAAAACCUGGUGGAGAAAAUGGGGGAAACAGCUCUGGGAAGUGUGUACGAAAGGAGUGGGAGAACAGAGGUGGGUGGGGGAGGGGAUGGGAAGGGAGAGGGAGGAAGAGGGAUGUGGAUUGAUGGGAGAGGAGGGAGGGGUGGCGUGUGGACGGGUGAGAGGGUGUGGAUUGAGUGGGGGGAGGUUUGUGGAAGGGAGGAGAUGGAUGAGGUGUGGGGAAAGGGAGAUGGGUAGGUGGGAUUUGUGGUGUGUUGUGUGUUAUGUAUGGGUUAUGGGUUAUAGGUUAUGUGUUAGUUGA